AUGGGCUGUGGAGGUUCUAAAAAGUCCUUGAAUGAUGCUAGUCCUACCAAAGCUGCCCAGCAAGAGGCAAAACUUUCAAAUAAUCCUUCUUCAAAAAAUCAAGAGCAGCAAAUAUUGUCUCAAAAAAAGCCUGAAAUCUCUAAACCUCAGCAGCCUCAAUCAAAAAAUCCUUCAUCCGCUCAAAAGUCAGCGAAAGAAGAGAAAUCUCUUGAGCCAGCCAAAAAAGCUGCUGCAUCUCCUGUCCCAGCGGAAAACUCAAAGAAAUUACUAAAUUCACAUGAGGUUCCACAAAAGGGUCAUGGAGAAACCAGCAUAGACGGCCAUCUCUCAGAAGGCAUCAGAUCCAAUAAGGCGAAUUUAAAUAAUACUUACGAAGCUCUAAAAGACAGAUCUCCUCAGCCUUGUACUUUAGGAGAUGCUCAAGGCGUAGCGAUGGCAUUUUAUGAGCCAGGUACUACCCUAUCACCUCUUCCAUUUCGCCACCCUGAACUUCUUGAUAGAGAAAUCCAAAUUAAUGUAACUCAUGUAGGCUGCUGCCACAGUGAUGUGUUUAUGGCUACCCAAGCUUGGUUUCCUGGCGUCCAUUACCCUCUUGUUCCUGGUCACGAAAUUGUUGGAAUUGUUGAUAAAAUUGGAGAAAAAGUGACUAAAUACCAGCCUGGCGACAAAGUAGGCUUUGGAGUAUUGCGAGACUGUUGUGAGCAAUACGAUUCUUGCUUGCACUGCCGCACUGGAAACGAAAACUAUUGCCCAAAACGAGUAGGGACUUAUGACCCUCACUUUGGAGGAUAUGCGACGUCAUUCCAAGCGAAAGGAAACUUUUUCUAUAAGCUUGAUGACAGUUUUCCAGGAGAGGCAGCACCUUUAUUCUGUGCAGGCAUGACUGUAUUUCCGCCACUCCAAAAAGAUGUCGUUGGUGGGAUGAAAGUGGGUGUUGUUGGAAUCGGAGGACUUGGACAUCUAGCUUUAAAAUUUGCAAGAGCAAUGGGUACUGAAGUUACAGCUAUUUCUACGAGUUCGAGUAAAGAAACUGAUGCAAAGGAGUUUGGCGCACAUCAUUUUAUUAACUUAAAAGAUGAAAAACAGGUGAAAAACGGGAUCGGUAGCUUAGACUAUAUUAUUAAUACAGCUACAAGCUAUGAUAUCGGCCAGUGCUGCUCGUUAUUAAAGCCAAGGAGAAAAUUUGAAUUUCAACCUGUUUCAAAUUCUUAUUAA